AUGGAUGGAAUCGAUACGUUACAGAGCUCGGCUAGCGAAACCAAAGCUGAGCGAAUUGCCCGCUACAAGGCAGAAAGGAGGAGGGAACUCGCUGAGCGCUAUGGCAACCCAGAAGAAUUCACCUCCAAAUAUGUUCGGAGAGAUGGGAGAACGGGUGAUUCAUCAGAAACGGUGUUGUCGAAAUAUGAGGUUAAGGGAUCAGAGCAGACGUACACCAGGAGGGGCAUCAGGAAUAGAGCAACGGAACAUCUGGUUCCUGGUGGUGAUGAUGAUGAUGACACAGACGACGCCUCUCAACUAAAAACAGACACAGAAUUAUCCUCCACAUUAGAAACUGUUUCUACAGUCAAGGUUUCCUCUCACUUCAGGCUGCUGGAAGCUGAUGACCCAGAACAGCCUAAAGCUGAAGAGAAACCUGUGGAGUCGGCCAAGUGGAGUGCAGCCACCAAGUCUGUUUUUAAGGACCUGGAGGGUCUGGACGAUGGAAGCAACGAUCGCUAUGCCACCAAUGGAGCAAACCGUCAUCCAGUCAACAGUGACCAAGAGGCACCCUCUUCCAGACUGCCUGAGACUUGUUUAAGCAUGAAAAUGGAAGAACAUGAGACUUCAGACAAACCCUCCCUGAAGGAACAGAAUGAAAACGCUGGCGUUCUGGAGGAAGAAGAUAAGCCUUUCACCCUCCUCUGUGGCCAGGCUCUCUCCCACAGCAGGAGCAGAGACUCCUCUCCCCCUGCUUCUCCUCCUCACCAGCCUGCCUCACUGCAGCGCCAAGACUCUGGGCCUCGGGGCAUCAAGGGAAUCCUGAAGAAAAGCCGCUCCACUAGCGUGGAGUCAGACCAUAGCGAGAGUUUCACUCCAGCUCGACAAAGCAGCGUCACUCUUAGCCACCCAGAGAGCGAGGAGGAGGAAGAGUUGGAGGAAGACGACCAAGUAAACUGUGAAGGAGACGGAGAGGACGACUUGUUUGGUCAAGAUUUCACAGAUGGUGGGAGCUUCAGUGCCCAGAGACAACACAAAGCGGGCAGCGGCAGCAGCAGCAGCAGUCGAGGGAGUCUGGAUGAGAUGCGGAGUCUUUCGCCUGAUGAAAGCUUGGAAAAGACAUCCACAGUGUCUGAGGAUGUCGAUGAACUGGAAAGCAGUUUGGAAGGAAGCCUGAGUUCUUCGCUUCAACAAAGGCUGGCUGAGUUCAGUAGUGGAGAAGAUGAGAAGAGGGUCAAAGUGAAGAAGUUAAAGUCCACUGAGUUGAUCCAGACACCACUGGCUGAUCGUUUCAGUCAGCUGAAAGAUGCUGAAAAUGCUUGGAAGAAGAAGAAAUCUGGUGUAGAUCUGGAGACAAAGAUGUCACUGGCAGAUAGGAUGAAGAUCCUCAAAGAGAAGGAGCAGCAGUGGAAGGACAAAGGCAAAGGAGCAUCAAACGACUCAGUCCAGUUCACUGUAGCUGGACGCAUGGCGAAGAGAGGUCUCGUGUCAGAUACAGGAAAGGAGGAGUCGCCCCUUAGCGCUCUGAGGAAGCCUAACGCCACACCUGUGAAGCCACACGAAGAAAUCUCCAGCAGAACCGACGUCAAAGUUGAAGGAGAUAAACGACUCGACAAGCUUGAGUCCUUUCUUGACAAGCUCCACAAUAAAGGCGUGGGCAAAAGCAGGACGUCCACCAUCGAGGUUACGGCAGAGAUGGAGAAGGAAGUCAUGACCUUGGAUGACGACGAGACAUUUGGCAGGUUCUAUAAAUCUGCCUCACCCUCGACGCCCCAGUCGUCCGGUGUGGUUAUGACUGAGGAGGACCUCAGCCAGAUCCAGGCCAAUACGCCAAAGCUUACAUCAGCGGAGGCAGAGCACAAGCGUGCAGUGCGACCAGCCAGGAGAAAUCAGGGCUCCAGGAACCCUUUGCGAGCCCUGGCUGCCCGCAACGAUAUUCGCCAUGUUUACACUGAACAGAGACUUAACGUGGCCACAGUGGAAACCAAGAGGAUCCAAGUAGAGAGGAUGGCAAAGCACUCCAACCUGGCUGACGUGGCCUUGGCGGGUCUUGCCAGUAAGGAGAACUUUCGCAAGGUUAACUUGCGCAGCGUCAAAUCCACAGAUGUUGUCACCAAUAACAGCACUCUUCCUUACAACAAGCUGAUGCUUAUUCGCAUCAAAGGUCGAAGGCACGUCCAAGUGCGUUUGGUGGAACCGACUGCUCACUCUCUAAACAGUGGCGACUGCUUCCUUCUCAUUACACCAAAGCACUGCUAUAUGUGGAGUGGCGAGUUUGCCAACGUCAUAGAGAAAGCUAAGGCAUCAGAGAUGGCUUCAUUCGUUCAGACCAAGAGGGACUUGGGCUGUAAGGCUCCUCAGGUGUCUGUGCUGGAAGAGGGCAUCAACACUGAAAGCAGAUGGGCCAAAGAGUUCUGGAGCCUUCUGGGAGGAAAGACCCAGUACAGAGGGGCCGGUGAGCCGGAGGAGGAUGAGCUGUAUGAGAGUGGAGUGGUCGACUCCAAUGGGGUUUACAGGCUCCAGGGUGAUAAAUUGGUGCCUCAUGAAGAUGCAUGGGCCUCCAUCCCCAGUGUCUCCUUGCUCAACUCUAAAGAGGUCUUAGUAUUCGACUUUGGAAGUGAAGUGUAUGUGUGGCACGGGAAAGACGUGCCCUUGGGUGACCGUAAAGUUGCUGUCAAACUGGGAAAGCAGCUCUUCAACGGCAGCUACGACUACAGCACCUGCAGAGUCAACCCUCUUGACGCUUCCUCCACAAACACAGACAUUCCUCAGCGAGGGGAGGGCCGGCCAAGCUGGACUCUGUUUGGCCGGCUGUCGGAGCACAAUGAAACAUCCUUGUUUAGAGAAAAGUUCCUGGACUGGGCUGAGCGGAAGAAAGAGGAAGCAGCUCCACCUGAGGAAGUCAAGACCCCGGUGCCAUCUAGUCCACGCUGCACAUUUGAGUUGGACUUGCAGCCGUGCGACGCCAGAGCGCUGCUGGACAAUGAGCCUGAGCCGGUGAAGACCAUUCUAGAGAACGUGGACGUCCAGCGUGGUCACAGCAUUGUGCGGACAGAGGAUGACAGGCAGGCGGAGCUGGCCACAGUCGCCGUGGACGCCUGGCACAUCAAAGAGUACAGUGAGGAGGAACUGCCUAAGGAGAGCCUGGGCCAGUUACAUGAGGGUGACACCUACAUCAUUCGUUGGAAGUACUCCAUCACCACGCUUGUGGGGAAGCGGCAGAAGCCGGGGGAGCUGAGUGCUGGUACUCCCGGACGAGAGAGGACGGCUUGUUUUUUCUGGCAGGGCCGUCACUCCAGUAUCAGUGAAAAAGGUACCUCAGCCCUCAUGACAGUGGAGCUGGGCAGCCACAGGGGGGCACAAGUGAUGGUGACUCAGGGAAAGGAGUUCCCAUGUUUCCUUCAGCUGUUCCAGGGAGGCCUGAUCAUCCACAAAGGCAAUAGAGACGACGACCACAGUGACAAAAAUGACGGCUGGAGAUUGUUCUGUGCACGUGGUGAAGCAGAGGUGGAGGCGUCACUGGUGGAGGUGGACUGCCGGCGUGCCAGCCUGCGUUCCCGCAGCAGCCUGGUGCUGCUGAAUCCUCACACAAGCCAUCUGUACUUAUGGCACGGCUGCAAAGCUCACACGGGCACCAGACGGGUGGCGAAACGGGCCGUGGACAAACUAACACACGGGUGUCCAUCAGAACUGGGCCUGAGCAGAACCAAGAGUGUGAAGGUGGAGGAGGUGGAGGAGGGCAGUGAGCCUGCAGAGUUCCUGAAGGCUUUGGGUUUGCAGGAUAAGAAGGCCUACGACUGCAUGCUGCAAGAUCCAGGGAAGUACAACUUCACUCCCCGGCUUUUCCGGCUCACUUCCAGCUCCGGGGUGUUUGAAUGGGAGGAGAAGUUGUAUCCUGCCAGAAUGACAGAGGGAGUCAUGGCGAUGCCCUUCCUCCAGGAGAACCUCUACUCCGCUCAGCAGCCGGCUUUGUUUCUGCUUGACAACCAUAUGGAGGUGUACCUGUGGCAGGGCUGGCAGCCUGAAGACAAAGAGUGUGCCGGUUCUGCAAAGAUUCGUUGGGACAAUGAGAAGAAGUGCGCCAUGGAGACUGUGCUGCAGUACUGCAAAGAGAAAAACUCUCAGCAUCCCCCUCAAGCUUAUCUGAUCCUAGCGGGAUGUGAACCCCUCACCUUCACCAACAUCUUCCCAUACUGGGAAAAGAACCUCAGCGUCACCGCUCAGGUUGAAGGCUCAAAGAACAAAGUGAUCCUGGUGAAGGAGGCGCUGGCUAAACUCAACAAGCAGCAGUUCUCCAUCGAGGAGCUGACGAGGAAACCUUUACCUGAGGGAGUGGAUCCUCUGCGCCUGGAGGAUUACCUCUCUGACCAGGACUUCAAGAGGCUACUAGAAAUGACGCGAGUGGAAUUCAACGCCCUGCCAAAGUGGAAACAAAAGAACCUGAAGAAAAGUAAAGGCUUGUUUUGAAGCAGCUUUUUGUCUUCAGUAGAAUUUCUUCCCUUUUGUGUUAAUAAAUAAAAAUAAAAAAAAUAGCCACAAACCCCACUUUGUAAAGGACUACAAACCUAAUGUACAAUGUCGACAAAAUGUUUUUUAUUGUGAAAUAAUUCAGUGUCAUUGGAAUUGCCAACAAGUGCGUGCAAUGUUUUUAAUGUGGUAAAUAUAGAUGUCCGUGCAUUAUAAAUAUGUAACAUACUCAGUGUUGAUGCUGUUUUCGUGUUGAAGCCAGACUUUUGUCACUUUUUCUAAGACUGCGUGUUUGUAUAAAAGAUGAUUGCAGUCUACAGCAUUGUGAAAAUUAUUCAUUGAUUUUUACAACUGAUUACAGAAAGAGCUCCGCGUGAUGGCAUUAAAUUGUUCAGAGGGGUGGAAUGAAAUCAAAACAAUUCCGUUACGAACACCAUUUCAACUACUUGUCUAAGAUUUUGUUCCAUGCUCAAAGAAUUGUUGAAAUGAAAUUUUAAUAUUUUUUGCUGGCAUUCAAUUUUGCUUGGUGUGUAUGGGGGGGGUGGCGCCAAACCACAAUUGUCCCCCCCUUAAAUUCUGUCCAUACAUAUGUAAAGACUUGUCAGCCGUGUAUCAUGUACUCUGAAUUUUUAGCUUUGCAGACACUCUGUGUAUGAAUGCAUGUAAUCAGUGUCACUAGGAAUUAGCAGAUCCUGUUUUUAAUUUAUAUUUACGGUACGGAACACUUUCUGCAUCUCAGUCAAUCUCAGUCCAUUGUAAUGGUUGCUUUACACACCUGGUUUUUGGGGACCACAUCUAACUCUUGUCUGUGUUAAUGUGACAUAAAACUGCUUUUAUUAUACAAAAAACUUUGAUUAUUUGUUUUUAUAUAACGCCUAACAAUCCUGACAAUGUAGUCCAUACCUGAUGCUAUACAUUGAGUUCUUCCUGUGCAGACUCCCAUCUGUUUUCCUCAGUCCGGUGAAAAAUCGCGACAGAAUUUGUAGUGCUCUUAAUCCAACAGCGCUUGUACUUCAGGUAGCGACAUCCCAGUGAAUACUGCAAAUUAGAGACUGAUUAUCGGCCUAUCCGUGCUGCAAAUGAAUGAGCACUGUUAAUGAAACAAACCCACCAUGUUUGUUUUUAAGCUAUGCCGUCACUGUUAGUGUGAGCGUGCGUGAUGUGGCGGCGUCGUGCACUGUAAAUGGAACGCAAUGGCAUAUGGGACAAAUGACAUACAAACCACCAUUUAAGUGACAAGGACCUGUUUAGGUGUUACAUAAAACUGGAGGUACAGUGCAAACAAUGUCUUAUUGUUUCAAGCAUGUACUGUAUUAUAAAAGUUGCUGUGUAAUAUGUCUGACAUUCUCUGGGUGAUAUUCACAAUGAGUUUGAUGCAACUUUAUGCGAUAUGCCUCAUAAGUGCUGAUAGAUAAGAUCUGCUUUUCUUUUUUGGCACAUAAAAACUAACAAUGGUGUUAUGGGAGUUAAGAUUCCCUCCUUUUUAAUAAAGAAUUUUCUAAAAUGUGUAAAA